GAAUGACACGCCUUUCAUCGAAAUAGUGAUUAUUUCUUUUUUAGUUAAACCUAAAUGAAACAGAUUUUUAAAUGUGUGACUAAACUACCCAAUGAAGUUUUCAAGCUAACAAUGUUGGACAUUCCAAUAAGUUUAAUAAGUUCCUGUUAUUUUAAGUUUGCAGGUGUGUGAUGUGUAAUGACGACUGAAAUACUGACCCAUCUGUAGGUCAAGUAAGCAAUGGAGUUUAUGAAUUUGUUUUGAGAAAAUUAGUUCAUUGGUGUUAAAUCUGUGAAAUUCUCUUAUUCCAACGAGUUUUUUUAGUGUUUGUGCUGUUUACAAGUGUCGAAAAUAGACUUCUAGUUUAUUUAAGACCAGAACCGAACAACAUUCCAGAAGCAUUCCAGCAGCAACGAAGAUUCCAGGAGACAUUCCACCCGGUAUAUAAUGGGUUCGAGUGACUGAUGUGGGAGAAUGGAGGAGGGUAACAACAGGUACAUCGUGCAGGUGUUUGUGGGAGCGCUGUCACAGCACUAUGAGGCACUCUCGGUGGAAGCCAGCAAGCAGACGACGAGUGAGGAGAUCGUGCUGUGUAUCGCGGAGAGACUGUCGCUGUGUGGGGCGGCAGGGUUUGAACUGGCCGAGGUGGUGGGCGAUGCACUCGGGAGAGAGUGUAAGGAGAGACGACUGGGACCGGCGGAAUGUCCUGUCGCCGUUAUGUUACUGUGGCCCAAGACGAGCUCAGCGCAACAGGAGUUCUAUAGGUUCUACCUGAGGGAAAAGCUAAGUGACAACUUGUGGUCAGACGGGUUCACGAUGGACCCGCAACUGAUCCGGGACUACUUCUACCGCUUCCUGUACCAGCCGCAGGACAGGGAAUAUCCAGACUUGUGUCAGCUGCCGGACCUUAACGAGCAGACGCUGUUGGAGAACCUACGAUCACGCUUUCUUAACGGCCACAUCUACACCUACGUCGGCUCCAUACUGAUUGCAGUCAAUCCUUUCAAGUUCCAUCCGAUCUACAAUCCCAAGUAUGUCAAGUUGUACCAACACCGAAGACUGGGUCCGGAGUUGCCUCCGCAUAUCUUCGCAGUAGCUGACUCUGCGUAUCACAGCAUGCUGCGGAGUAAACGCAACCAGUGCAUCGUCAUCAGCGGGGAGAGCGGCAGUGGCAAGACGGAGAGCACCAAUCUCCUGCUCCACCACCUGACAGCGUUGUCACAGAAGGGAGCGCAAGGCAGUGGCGUGGAGCAGACGAUACUGAGCGCAGGGCCAGUGUUGGAGGCGUUCGGUAACGCCAAGACAGCCCAUAACAACAACAGCAGUCGCUUCGGCAAGUUCAUCCAGGUCAACUACAAGCCCAACGGAAUGGUGCACGGUGCCGUGGUGCAGAAGUAUCUGUUGGAGAAGUCGCGCAUUUGCUCACAAGGUCGUAAUGAGCGCAACUACCACGUCUUCUACUACCUGCUCAAAGGCGCUUCCGAGGAUGACCGUACCACUCUGCAUCUCCGCAAGGCUGAGCAAUACAACUACCUCAACAGGAGUGGCUGUUUUGUGCUGGAGAACGUGGACGAGAACCAUGAGUUCUCCAGGCUGAAGCAGAGUAUGGAGAUGGUAGGGUUUACUCCAGAGAAGCAACGCAGACUGUUCGCCGUCCUCUCUGCUGUGUUGCUGUUAGGAAACGUAGAACUGCUGCCUCGCAAGUCUGUGUACCACCACGACGAGGGUGUGGCAGUUGGCAACACUGAAGUAGUAGAUAUCAUCAGCCGACUGUUGAGGGUCAAGCGAGAAACGCUGUUGGCAGCACUGACUGCUAAACGAGCGAGAGCUUCAGGCGAGACAUUAGUCAUCAACUACAGACUCCCUGAGGCUAUAGCAGCAAGAGACGCCAUGGCCAAGUGUCUGUACGGAGCGUUGUUUGACUGGAUCGUACUGCAAGUCAACCACGCUCUACUGUCCAAAAAGGAUACUCUUAGGGAACAUCAGGGCAACUCCAUCGGUGUCCUGGAUAUUUUCGGGUUUGAAGAUUUUGGCCCAUACAACAGUUUCGAGCAGUUGUGCAUCAACUACGCCAACGAGCACUUGCAGUACUACUUCAACCAACAUGUGUUCAAGUACGAGCAGGAGGAGUACCGCAAGGAAGGCAUCCGCUGGAGCGACAUUGACUUUCUGGACAAUACAGCUUGCCUGCAUCUGAUAGAGGCCAAGCCCAGUGGCCUGCUGUGUCUGCUGGACGAUGAGUGCAAUUUCCCUGGUGCAUCCAAUGAGACCCUCCUGCAAAAGUUCAACUUGGUACACAAGGACAAUGCCUUCUAUGAGAUGCCUCACAAGCGGGAGCCUGCCUUCAUUGUAAGGCACUACGCUGGCAGGGUCAAAUAUCAGGUUGCGGAGAUGCGGGAAAAGAACCUGGACCUGAUGAGGACUGAGAUGGUCGGUGUUUUGAAAAACUCCUCAAUGGCGUUUGUGCGAGAGCUGGUUGGCGCAGACCCGGUGGCGGUGUUCCGGUGGGCCAUCCUGCGUGCAUUCUUCAGAGCACACUUUGCAUUCAACGAGGCUGGCCGGCGCCAUCGCCAGUUCAGAGAUGGAUCCAGGCCAAGUCUUGUUCAUAACAGAUAUCGCAAUGAAAACUUAAUCAGCCAUCUUGUGACCGUGUCAUCAGUUAACCUCACGGUUAACAGGAUAGCAUUGUACCCAAGAUAUGGUGCUAGCACUUCUAACUUACCAACGAAGACGAAACAAAACAACGACAAGUUCGACGAACAACGAAAAGAGCCACAAAGAAACAACCGUUUCAGUUGGCCGAACCAACAACCAACGAAUCAGACAACGAACAAACAACGAACCCCAGACAGCGACAAAAAACCUGUCUUCCGACGAGCCAUUAAUCCUGAAGAUGCUAAAGUUUUUGAACGUGCGACUCAAAUCGUGAUGAAGAACAAGUCCUUCAGACCUCGACAGCAGGGCAAGAAGGGAUUGAAGAACUUGGAGAGUAUCAAGACGCUGGCUGGCCGGACACAGACACAUACACACAAGGCUCGUAAACAACCACUUACGGUGACUGCUCAGUUCCAGCAAUCUCUGCACAGCCUCAUGGACACGCUCAACCAGGCCAACCCGUUCUUUAUACGGUGUAUCAAGAGCAAUGCGGAAAAGAUUCCAAACACGUUUGAUGAUGACACAGUCCAAAGACAGCUGAGGUAUACAGGCAUGUUGGAGACUGUGAGGAUCCGACAAGCCGGAUACAACGUCAGACUCACCUUUGAUGAAUUUAUCCAGCUUUACAGGAUACUUCUACCUAGAGGACUGCUCAGCUCUCAGAACGACGUGAAGGACUUCCUGCUGACAGUGAACCUCAACAGAGACAACUACCAGGUGGGAAGCUCCAAGAUAUUCAUGAGAGAGAGUGAGAAACUCAAGCUGGACUACAAGCUGCAUCAGCAGAUCAUGGCUGGCAUCGUAAAGGUUCAAAGGUGGUUCCGAGCUGUGUUGGAACGAAGAAGGUUUGUAAGGCUGAAAGAAGCUGUCAUUACAAUACAGGCUUACUGGAGAGGCGUGUUGGCUCGCAAGCAGGUGUACCAAGACAAACAGUGGAGCUCGGCGGCCGUGCAGAUACAAUCAGCCUGGCGCGCCUACUCCACCUGGCGUUGGUACCAGAAGCUCAAACGGAACAUCAUUGAGUUCCAGGCACACGCUCGCGGCUACAUCACCCGAAACAGGGUGCGCUCCAUGGUUCCUCGGAAGGCAAAACUAACCAACAGUAGACCGCCUUUGUCAACAGAGACGAGCCACGAAGAUGUCGGCAGCAGGGAUUCUGAGAGCAGUGGGAUCCAUGAAGAUAGUGAUAAUGAACAAAACCAUGAACCCCUUGCCAGGCGAAAUCAGCAAGACGACACUUUACAUGAAAUAAGAGUGGGAGACCCUAACAAAGAAAUACAAACAAAGAAGAAGUUAUCACCGAGACGGAGUAAAAACACUUUCUACCUGGAAGACAGUUCACUGGACGCCAAGGAGCGCAAGGGCAGUAGUGAUUCGCUCACGUCCACUCGGAGCAGCGACUCUCAAGUGCGAGACACGCUGUACAGAGCCAAGCGUCAGAUCCAGGCGCUCAUGGGUGUUGGAGCAAAUAAGAAGACAGACACACUGAGCGAUUGUGAGAUGGACGAUGUGAGAGAGCCGUUGUAUCACCCGAUGAUCGUGACUGGUCGUGCACCCACAGUGGACGCCGAGCCACUGGCACCGACACGACUGGCACGGCGCCGAGACAACGCUCAGCAAAUACCAUCACAGCUGGACUUGAAGCGAAGGAACAGUGACCCGGCGAACCGUCUGCCCCCUCCCCCUGCACCACCACCUCCGCUGCCCCCACUGCCAUCCCCAGACCUGGGCCUCCUGGAGUGGAAGGGCACGUCCAUGUUCACCAUCGCAGGACACAAUUUCUGCAAAGAGGGUCGGUUCUCCAAGGAGGACCGUUGUGCUUACUGUGACAAACCGAUGGAUGCCUUCCUCACUCAGGGACACAAGUGUAUAGACUGCAAAGCGUUGUUCCACCCCAAGUGUAUACAGAACGGUGGCGUGCUGUCGAUGCCGUGUGUGCCGAGGGUGAGUGGUGGUCGCAAGAAGCACCGCAAGACGACCCGCAGCCACGGUCACAACAUGCACGGCCCGCAGUCUCUCAGACCUUCGGCCCCGCAGCAACAACUGUCUCAGUUCAGUCUGACCGGCACCAGCGAGUUCACUGACCGAGCAGACCGCAUCAUAUCAGAUGUGCGUGAACUGCAACUGAUGCAGGACUUCAUCACAACCAAGAUCUACAAGAUAGAGAGUGGGGACAAGCAGAGUCAGGUAGACAGGGUGUUCAAGCAAGCUCUAAGAGAGUUCAAGGAUAACCUCGUAGCUACAUACAGUGUUGUCAACAAGCAGGGACCAGAGGCACUCAAUAUCAAGUAUAAGGAUCUGAUCGCCAACUUCCUCAGAGUGAUGGAGACAGUCUGCACCCAAGAGCAGACAAAGACUGACUUCCCGGUGACGAUGGGUGUGAACGCUUUCCGCGGCUUUCUCAACGAGUUCAUGGCGCAGACAAGAGUAGAGCAGGUGAAACCUCACAAAACGAAGAGGAAAAAAGAGAAGAAACGCAAGACGGAAGAUCCAAUUGCACACGCGGGCCACCAUUUUGUGUUGACUAUCAUCAAUAUACCCACCGCCUGUGAGAUCUGCACUAGUUUCUUCAUGUGGCCGCUGGAGCGGGGCCUCGUGUGUCAGAAUUGUAAACUGACCUGCCACAAGAAGUGUUACACCCAGGUAGGGGUGUGUCGUCUGCAGGUGGGGGCGGGGGGAGUGAUGUCACCUUUCCGAGUGUUCGGAGUCCCCCUCCACCAGCUGGCGACAGGCGAUGGGAAAGUCCCGCUGGUCGUAGACCGACUCAUCACCACUAUAGAGAUGUACGGCUUGUACAUGGAGGGCAUUUACAGAAAAUCGGGGGUAAGCUCCAAGGUUCGUGAGCUGAAAGCUAGAAUGGAGGAAGACAAUAUCGAAACCGUCCAAUUUGAACAUUACCAGGUCCACGUAUUGGCCAGUGUGCUCAAGAGUUUCCUGCGUGAGAUGCCGGAGCCGCUGCUAACGUUUGACUGUUACGAGGACUUCUUACGAGCCGCCAACCUUCCCGAGGACAGCGUCAGUUCGCUGUUUGCCAUCCUGCGGCGACUGCCCAAGCCCAACUACCACCUCAUGGAAAGACUUAUCUUUCAUCUAGCCAGAGUGGCGUCGCACGAAGAUGUCAACCGGAUGAACUCGAGCGCGUUGGCAAUAGUGUUUGCACCGUGCAUCCUGCGUACCAACAAGGCAGUGCCGGCGCAAGACUCGCUCAACGACAUCGCCCGCCAGACAAAGUGCAUCGAGAUAAUCGUCAGUGAGCAGUUGCGCAAACUGCGGAACACACUGGCGGACAUUGACACAUUGGACACUGCGGCGCAUACGGCUACACACCGGCUGUCUUCACUGAGAAGCUCAAAGAUAUUCACACCAGAAGAGCUGCUACCGCAGAAGACGGAUCUGGAGGAGGAGAUCCUGAUGGGUCACAUUGAGGAGUUGAGGAAGGAGAAGGCGAUCCUCACGUCCACGUUGCCCUCUCUCACCCGCACCACAUCCGACGACGACCUGCUGUCAACAGACGAUGGGAGUCUGGACGACGUCGAUACUCAACCCCAGCCGCUGUCGAGGCAUCGCAACCUCGGCCAGAAGAGGUGCAAGCGUCCCACAGACCCCCUUCCCCACCCCCACUCCAACUCCCAGGACUUUGACGAAGACCCCAUCAUGGUGUAACAUUCCUCCCCUCGCUCAGACGCAAGGACAUAAUCGAUGGUGCUUAUACAUAUUUAUACAUAUAUAAAUAACAUAAUUGUGUUAUCGAUAUUUUUUGAUUUGUACAAAAAUCAAUGAACGUAACGCUAUAUAAACUAGAUGUUCCUGUACAGACCGCGUAAGUGUUCGUGUCGGAUUGUAAUUAUAUUUUGUACAGAAAUGUUCUAACUAUGAUUUAACACGUGGAUUUUGUAACGAUUUAUCUUCUAGCGUAAGUUUUUAACAAGCCUUGUAAUGGGGGUUCUUGUUUUGAAGACUGUCCGAGUCGAUCAGUUAACUAGGAAUUCCAUUUGAACAAAUGAAUUUGAUAUUUUUAUUCUUGUAUCGCUGUGUUAUCGCCGGACAUUGAUGUGUGUGUGUUGUCAAACCGAUUCUAAAUCUGUACUCGUUAAGAUGACUGUGCGUUUUCAAUGUAUCCUUAACUGUACGCCGUUCCUUCCCAAGACAUAAAAAUAGACUUAAUUUUCUAUGUGUGAAUCACGUUACUAUAAUUUUUCAAAAGAUACGUCUCUGUGAUAUUAGUCGUGUUUAGGUCAUAAUUUAUUUUCUGUCAAUUUUUAUAUUUGUGGAAAGAAUGCCAAAAUAAACUGUUAGUAUUAUUUUUCUACAAAAAUGUUUAAGCAGUUUAUACUACUUACGAGAAGUGAAAGUACAAAACCAAUCUUUGUGCAUUUGCUUGUAUAUUUGAUUAUUUAACCAGUCGUUUUGUAGCCACACUUUUUAUUUAGUAGACUAGACAUUUUUACACGUCAUAACAAACAUUGGGGAGAAAAAGAGACCUAUAAAUAAACAUUCCAUAAAUGUGGAAGUUGACUUGAUCAUGCUUAAGUCUGUUGUCACUUGAUGUAAAACAUAAUGUGAAUUUAGGGUAUUGGCUGUUGAAAUACCAAUGACUAACAUUAGUCCAACAAUGAACAAAUAAUAUUCCAACGAACAAUAGCUAGUUAUAAUUAUUUGAAUUGGUGCCAAAUGAUUUUGUAUCUUUAGGAAAUCAAUUUAAACUCACAACUUCUGGUUUUUGCUAAUACAAUUCAUGAUUUUUUUAUUUUCUACUACCGAUUGUUAGUGCUUCAGAGAGAAUGUUUAUUGUUAAAUUGUUACAUGAAAAUGUGCUUAGAACAAACCGUAACAGAUUAGAACGAUUUUAUUUUAUGUUAUGUUUUUUGCACCGACAUAUUUGAUUAUUAUAAUUAUUUAACGUAACACUGUUUGCGAGGAACUUUUCCCAGACAUAAUUCUGGUUACUUUCUGCUAUAAUUUAUUAUUGUUAUCGCAAAGUGCUUCCUUUCUGUGUGUUUUUUAUAAAUAGAAAAAACUUACUAUUGUUAAAUUAUUUCAUGUUAAACUGUUCACUGGUUAAUGUUUACAACUUGUUUAUCAUACAAAAGGGUGUGUGGUGGUCAGAUUAAUUUACUUAAACAAUUUAUUGCCGGUAGUUCUAUUUACUAAUGGAUGAGUGACUCCAUGGAACGAAAGGGGGUGAGUAAUUUGUAAACAAACGUUAGGAUACAAAAAUCAAUAUAGUAUGAUUGUUUAGGCUACCAAGGUCCAAAAAUAAGAAGUUUGAAAAGUAGCCUCAAACUAAAAAAAAAAAACUAUAAAGGAAAAAGGAUCGGUUUUACCCUAGGUUUAAACAUCUUUCUAGACACUUCUAAAUAUUUGUUAUAAAAUUGCUUAGUAAAACUAUUGACCAAGAAACAAAUUAUUAAUGAUGAAAUUUCCUGUUACUUUUGCUAAGCAUACUGUUAUUGUUAUGACUGGACAAAAAGUUGUGUCGUCACUGUCGGGUUAUUGCAGCAGACCUAGUACUUUUUUAAUCUAUUGUUAUUUAAAUACGGAAUAAAUUUGACAAGAUUAAUGAGAUAUUUGAGUAAAAAUCCCAUCAGACAAAUUGAAAGUCACUUACUCUGCAGGUUUGCUGAAGCGGGGGUAUUUUAAUCAGAGCUAGUUACACUUUGGGCUCUAGUGACGAAUUUACUUUGGACUAUUUGGCUUUUUUAUCAGAUUUUUAUCAUUACCCAACCAAAUUUUUGUUGGAAAGAUACACACACCCUUUACGUAUACACUGUUAAAUAGAGCUUCCCUUUAUAAAUUUAUAUAUUGUUAUGUUUUUUGAAUAGUCUAAUCCAACUCACUUUUUGUCGUGGUACCCGGAACAGUUUUAACUGCAAAUAUUAUCAUCCCGCAUCAUAAGUAAAUGUACCUGGUCAAUGGGUUCAUUUUGGUGCAAAAACUAGGCAAAACCUCAUAUUUGUUUGUGUUUAUAAACACUUGGUUUUAUGCAGAUGUUUUCUGAUUAUAAUGGGCAUAAGUAGACGUUUGUUGUCUGAUAAGAAUAGGUAAGCUAAUUUAAUUUUGAUGGGGUGCUUGCUUACACCUUUGACUAUUAAUACAACUUCAGUAUCCAAUAGUCAAUGCUUACACAAAAUUGAUGGUGCAAAAAAUGCAUUUGAUUAUUUAGAGUCCAAUGUCUAAAAACCUUUUGGAAAAUAUUUUUGUGUUAGGUUCUGAUAAGUGAUAUGUUUGUAAAUUUUUCUAUUUGUUUUUAUCUUUUAACUUAAACAUCUUUUUUGACUUUUGGCAAAUAAUUGCCCAACAAUAGCAUGCUUUUGGCUGUUGUUUAUGCUAUCAUUUUCUUUAGUUGUGAAUUAUAACUAAAUUUGGAGUUGAAAUAUAUUUUAUUGCAUAUUAUCCAGAAGAAAAGUCUCAAUCAUUUUAAGUGAUCAAUUGAUUUUAUACGUAUUUUGUGAUUUUUAAUGU